GGCUCCGGCUGAGAACAUGGCCAAUGGCAUUGAUGAGCUCAUUGGCAUUCCCUUCCCAAAUCACAGCAGUGAGGUGCUUUGCAGUCUCAAUGAGCAGCGGCACGCCGGGCUGCUGUGCGACGUGCUUCUGGUGGUGCAGGAGCAGGAGUACCGCACCCACCGCUCUGUCCUAGCUGCCUGCAGCAAGUACUUCAAAAAGCUCUUCACAGCCGGCAGCUUAGCCAGCCAACCCUACGUCUAUGAGAUCGAUUUUGUCCAGCCCGAGGCUCUGGCCGCCAUCCUGGAGUUUGCCUAUACCUCCACACUCACCAUCACCGCCUCCAAUGUCAAGCACAUCCUCAAUGCUGCCAGGAUGCUGGAGAUCCAGUGCAUCGUGAACGUGUGCCUGGAGAUCAUGGAGCCCGGCGGUGAUGGUGGCGAGGAGGAUGACAAAGAGGAUGAUGAUGACGAUGAAGAUGACGAUGAUGAGGAGGAGGAAGAGGAAGAGGAAGAAGAGGAUGAUGAUGAUGAUACAGAGGACUUUGCUGACCAAGAAAACUUGCCUGAUCCCCAGGAUAUCAACUGCCACCAAAGCCCCUCCAAGACGGACCAUCUCACAGAGAAGGCCUAUUCAGACACACCCAGAGACUUCCCUGAUUCCUUCCAGGCUGGAAGUCCUGGCCAUCUGGGUGUGAUCCGGGACUUCUCCAUUGAGUCUCUGCUGAGGGAGAACCUGUAUCCCAAAGCCAAUAUCCCUGACAGGAGACCCUCUUUAUCUCCAUUUGCCCCAGAUUUCUUCCCACACCUCUGGCCAGGGGACUUCGGUGCCUUCACCCAGCUGCCUGAGCAGCCAAUGGACAGUGGGCCACUAGAUCUGGUCAUCAAGAACCGGAAGAUCAAGGAAGAGGAGAAGGAGGAGCUGCCUCCACCCCCACCACCGCCCUUCCCUAGUGACUUCUUCAAGGACAUGUUCCCUGACCUGCCUGGGGGCGCGCUGGGCCCCAUCAAGGCAGAGAAUGACUAUGGUGCCUAUCUCAACUUCCUGAGUGCCACCCAUCUGGGAAGCCUCUUCCCACCCUGGCCGCUGGUAGAGGAGCGUAAGCUGAAGCCCAAGGCCUCUCAGCAGUGCCCCAUCUGCCACAAAGUCAUCAUGGGGGCCGGGAAGCUACCACGGCACAUGAGGACCCACACUGGGGAGAAGCCAUACAUGUGCAACAUCUGCGAGGUCCGCUUCACCAGGCAGGACAAGCUGAAGAUCCACAUGCGGAAGCACACCGGGGAGCGGCCCUACCUGUGCAUUCACUGCAACGCCAAGUUCGUGCACAACUACGACCUCAAGAAUCACAUGCGCAUCCACACCGGGGUGCGGCCCUACCAGUGUGAGUUCUGCUACAAGAGCUUCACGCGCUCCGACCACCUGCACCGCCACAUCAAACGCCAGAGCUGUCGUAUGGCAAGGCCCCGGCGCGGCCGCAACCACCUGGGCAGCGCGGCCGUGUGCCUCCCGGGGCCCAGCCCAGCCAAGCACUUCCUGGCGGCUCCCAAGGGCACCCUGAGCCUGCAGGAGCUCGAACGCCAGUUUGAGGAGACACAGAUGAAGCUGUUUGGGCGCGCGCAGCUGGAGGCCGAGAGGAACGCGGGGGGCCUCCUGGCCUUUGCGCUGGCAGAGAACGUGGCCGCCGCGCGGCCCUACUUCCCGCUACCCGACCCUUGGGCUGCAGGCUUGGCCAGCCUCCCUGGGCUCGCCGGCCUCAACCAUGUGGCCUCUAUGUCUGAAGCCAAUAACUAGGUUGGCCCUGGUAGACCUGGCCCACCAGCCCUGUCCCCUCUUACAGGCCUGACUGUCCCAACCCGUGGGUGUGAACUUCGCAUCUUACAAACACAAGAGGAAAUGAAACAAUAUAUAUUAGCAGCCAUGGUGUUUUCCAGAUCUCCAAGGGCAGCGCCUCCCUUUUGCUGGGGUCAGAUGUGGGCAUCACUUCUCAGUAGGUCUGGAGCCUGGGCCUCCUCUCCCUGGCUGUCUCUCUGUCUCACACAGAAACUUACAGAGGCCAUGCCACAGCAGAGGGUCAUAUGCCGGGUGCCCAGAGUACCUUGGAGCCCUGGGGUCUGUAAGGAGGAGAUUGUUCCUCCUGAAAGUGGGCAGGAUAGAGGAAAAACAAGAGUAGGAUCUUGCGCACACAAUGUGGUUGAGCCCCACUAUCUGACAGGGGAAUUCCUCCCAGUACUGCUCUGGGGCUUGUUUUCCAGUACCCUGAGGUCUGGGAUCCUUUAGAGCAAUGACCAUCUGCCACAUAGAAAGUGGUCCCAUUGACAGUGAGACAUCCAGGGACAAGGAGCCAACCACUGGAGUCUAGGUCCGUGUUUCCCAUGUUUCCCCAAGGACAGCUAUGGCCUAACAGGUCAGCCCUCUGUGCCUCUAUGUUACCUGCUAUGAAGGCGGUUGGUAGUUUAGGUUCGCCUCCCCUAGCUCCUGAGCCUAUGUACGUCUGUCCUCCAAAGAGGAUCCCGGAGAGGUAGGAACUUUACACUCCCAAUUUCCAAGGAGAAAGUUUCUCUUACUAGGUACUUGGUUUUAUUACCUCCACCUCAACCUAAUCAUAUUAGUACAGGCAAGAAAUACGGCCAAACUAGACAGGAGGAGGACCUGAGGUGGGUGUCAUCACUUGUCCACAGCUCACAAGCAACUCUGGGAGACUCCAUGCUGCCCAUUUCCGGCAAGCCCUGUUUUGGUCUGCGCCCCAGGGAACAGUCAUCAGCAUUUGUUCCACUCCCACAUGUUGUCUUCAGUGCUGUAAAGAAUCUCUUGGGAUUCCUGGGGCCAACAUUAAAGGGACAAGGCCAGAUAUUUGCACCUGACAACUGCCUCCCUUCCCCCAAUUCCUUAACCUAGACAAAGCACCUGGUUACCCAGGGUUCAUCUGUUUGCUGCUUGAGGUAGGGGUUUCUGUAGGCCCCAGACUACGUGGUGAUUGCCCCCUGUGCAGUAUUUGAGCCUCUCCCCAUCCCUUUCUUCCAACCUCCAGGGAUGAAGUUCCAGUAUGUGGCUUCCCUCUUGACAGAAGUGCUUGGUAUGGGAGGCAAGGGUUUGGGGUCUGAAGGGCCCUGUGUCUUAGGUCAUACACUGUCCUGGUCUGAGGUUGAUGGCAGGGCCCAAGAAGGAAGACAGCUCUGCUGGCCCAGUGCCUUCCUGACUGAGCUCCUCUUCUUCCCUCCCUCCUUUCUCUAGCUGAGUGUACUUUGAUUGCUCAGUAUCCUGGAGAGGUAAGUGCACCUGCACAGAGGGUCCAGGGCCGGCGCCCCCAGUCCCCAAGCUGUGGCACGAGAGCUUGGCUCUUCUUAUUGCCUUGGCUUUUUUCCUGAGCUAACACAAAAAACAAAAAGGCCAGAGAAGACCACAGACUCUGUCCUUCUCACAGCUCCCCCGAAGAGAAUCCCUCAUGUCACCAGAUGCUGUUUCAGCCAGGUGGAAACCCAGACACCCUCAGCAGUUGCCUGCCUGGGUAACCACCUCUUAGAUUCUGGUGUCCGUUUCAGACAGUUGCUUCUGGAACUCAGCAGCUGACGCGCCCGAGCUCCCACAUCACCGAGGGACUGGGCCUGAUCUCAAUUUAAAAGGAAUAAAAUGAACAAAGUGGAAUCCAGUGGUGUUGGGGCUUUUGUUUUU